AUGGCAAGAGGAUUUAGUAUCAUAUUUGCAGCUUCUGUGCUCUUAGUGAUUCUUGGCAUUUGCAGAGCAAGCAGAGUUGGAAUUUGCUAUGGACGAAAUGCCGAUGAUCUUCCUACUCCUGAAAAAGCUGUGCAGCUCAUUCAAAUGCACAACAUCAAAUAUGUAAGGAUAUACGACUCAAAUAUUCAGGUCCUCAAGGCCUUUGCGAAUACUGGAAUUGAGCUUAUGAUUGGAAUUCCAAACUCAGACUUGCUGGCGUUUUCUCAAUUUGAGUCUAAUGCCAAUACAUGGUUAAAAAAUAGCAUACUUCCUUACUAUCCAGCCACGAAAAUCACUUACAUAACCGUUGGUGCUGAACUCACGGAAGCCCCAAAUACUACAGCUGCUCUGGUGGUACCUGCAAUGCAAAAUGUGUUUACAGCUUUGAAAAAAGCUGGUCUUCAUAGGAGGAUUAAAGUCUCUAGUACCCAUUCAUUGGGUGUAUUAUCCCGAUCAUUCCCACCUUCUGCAGGGGCAUUUAACAGUAGUCACGCCUCUUUUCUAAAACCGAUGUUGGAAUUCCUUGCAGAGAAUCAGUCACCUUUUAUGAUUGACUUAUAUCCGUAUUAUGCAUAUAGAGAUUCUUCUACCAAUGUGUCCCUAGACUAUGCUCUAUUUGAGGCAUCCUCUGAAGUGAUUGAUCCCAACACUGGUCUACUUUAUACGAACAUGUUUGAUGCUCAACUUGAUGCUAUUAACUAUGCUUUAAUGGCUCUAAAUUUCAAAACAGUUAAUAUCAUGGUUACUGAGACAGGCUGGCCAUCUAAAGGAUCACCAAAAGAGACAGCUGCAACACCAGAUAAUGCACAGACUUACAACACAAAUUUGAUACGACAUGUUAUCAACAAUACUGGAACUCCUGCGAAGCCAGGAGGAGCAGUUGAUGUUUAUGUUUUCUCAUUGUUCAAUGAGAACAGGAAGCCUGGUUUAGAAUCUGAGAGGAACUGGGGUUUAUUUUUCCCAGACCAGACAAGUGUAUAUAACCUUGAUUUUACCGGUAAGGGUGUUGUAGACAUGACUGCAGGUGGAAACAAUACCGGUUCAAAUGGAACGUGGUGCAUUGCCUCAUCUUCUGCAUCUGAAGCUGAACUUCAGAAUGCCUUGAGUUGGGCUUGUGGUUCUGGAAAUGUAGACUGCUCCGCUAUACAACCUAGCCAGCCUUGUUUCGAGCCUGAUAACUUUGCAUCACAUGCUUCUUUUGCGUUCAACAGUUACUACCAGCAAAAUGGAGCUACUGACAUUGCUUGCACUUUUGGAGGAGUUGGCGUUAGAACAAACAAGAAUCCAAGUUAUGAUAACUGUCUCUAUGCGACGACUGGGGGUAAAAAAGCUAUCGUUAAUAAUACAACCGUUGGUCCUUCCAAGUCUUCAUCAUCAUCCCCUCAAAGGAGUUAUUGGUGGACUCAACAUCUACUUGUGGCUUUUCCUUUGUUCUUUCUGGUACUCUUCUGA